AUGGAUGAGCUGCUGGGUAUAGAGCCUAUUGUUUUUUCGGAUGACCAAGAGGAGAACCAUGAAAUCAUUCUCACUCCUCUGGAGACGGAAGCUGAGUUGCAGAGGCGUUCGGCAAUUAGGAAACAAUUCUCAGAAAUCAUGUCAAAAGCGGUGAAGUCAAAAGGUAUUACCGGAGACCCUUCAUCUCCGUCUAACUCUCAGGCGAUUUUAGAUGAGGUUAAGGAUAUUUCAGGGGAGCCUGUGGGGGUUAUCCCGGAGUCAGGGCUUAGUGAUGAUCUGGUGAAAAUUGAGGAUGAAGACAUUGAAGAUGACGUUAGUUACUGGAAUUCAUCUGUGAAGGAUGAUAUUAGAACAAUACCCAUUUGGAUUCAAGUUCAUAACCUUGAUCUAAAAUACUGGGGUAGAUCUCUUUACAAGAUAGUUAGGCAGAUUGGCAAGCCUAUCAGAGAAGAUACAGCCACAAAGAAUAGAGAUCGUUUGCAAUUCGCUAGAGUGAUGGUGGAGGUAAAUGUGUCACAGGCUUUUCCCUCAACCAUUAGUUUUGUGAAUGAAAAAACUGAAGUUAUUCGUUUGGAUGUUGUGUACGAAUGGAAGCCUACCUGCUGCUCAGUUUGCAAAGGAAUGGGACAUGAGGAUACUAAUUGCCGCAAGAAUCAACAGAAUAUGACUCAAGUGACAGCAGUUUGGAGACCCAAGAAUAUUUCUCAGGAAGGAUUUCAGGUGGUUCAUGCAGCUAGGAAAUUUGUAAACAAGAAGGAGCCUAUAGUCAAUAUUGGUAAUGCUUUUGGAGUGCUUGGGGAUGCUACAGAGGAGUUAAGGGAUGUUAAAUAUUCAGGAACUUUUUACACUUGGAAUAACAAACAAUGUGGAGAUGAAAGAGUUUAUGCUGAAUUGGACAGAGUUUUGUCUAAUUUGGAAUGGAAUUCUCUUUAUCCAACUGCUGAAGUAGUAUUCUGGCUAGAGGGAAUUUUUUAUCAUAGUCCAACCCUUCUGUCAGUUUAUCCGGAUAUAAAAGGGGGUAAAAAUCCAUUCCGCUAUUUUGACAUGUGGAGUACUGCCCCAAGAUAUCAAGAAAUAAUUUCAAAUUCCUGGGCUAAAGAGGUUUCGGGUACCCCUAUGUUUCAGGUUGUCCAGAAACUGAAAUUCUUGAAAGGAAGACUUAAGGAUCUGAACAAAAAUCAUUUUGGGGAUAUUCACGCCAAAGUUUUGAUUGCUAUGCAUCACAUGCAUGAGGUCCAAAAGGCUCUUCAACAAGACCCCUUAAAUGUCUCGAAAAUGGAGGAGGAGUUAAAUGCCUGUGCUCAGUAUAGGAAAUGUCAGGACAUAUAUAGGGCAUUCUUGCACCAAAAAGCUAAAGUAGCAUGGAUCAAGGAGGGUGAUGGGAACACUAAGUUUUUCCAUCAAUGUCUGAAGCAAAGAAGAGUUCAUAAUACUGUUUAUUUCAUUAAGGACAUGCAUGGGAAUUGGGUGGAUUCUAAAGAGGGAGUUAAUGAGGCUUUCUUGUCCUUUUAUAAAAAUCUCUUAGGCUCUCAAAAUUGUUUUCGGAAUAAGGUGCUGCAAUAUGUUCUCGGUAUGGGACCUAUAAUUACUCAGGAGCAACAUCAUUUUCUUCUCCAAGAGUAUUCUCCUGAAGCAGUUAAACGGGCUAUUUUCUCCAUCCCUAAUCAGAAGGCUCCGGGGCCAGAUGGCUAUGGAAGUGGUUUCUAUAAAACUAACUGGGAUAUUAUUGGAGUGGACGUUAGCAAGGUUGUUCUAUCUUUUCUCCAUUUGGGUCAAAUGCUCAAAGAGGUAAAUAAUACUUCAAUUACCCUUAUUCCGAAAACUAAUUGCCCAGCAAAUGUUAGUGACUUUAGACCAAUCUCUUGCUGUAAUGUACUGUACAAAGCAGCCACAAAGCUUAUCUGUGAGAGGCUUAGAACUAUUUUACCUAAUCUUAUAGCUCAAAAUGAAGGGGGUUUCAUUCAUGGGAGAUUUAUUGCACAUAAUAUCAUGAUUUGUCAGGAUAUUGUGAGGCAUUAUAGGAAGAAGAGCGUGAAACCCAGCUGUAUGAUCAAACUGGAUCUGAAGAAAGCUUAUGAUAUAGCUAAAAGAGGUCUAAGUCAAGGGGAUCCUUUAUCUCCGCUUCUUUUCGUCAUUUGUAUGGAGUACCUAUCUAGAUUCUUAGCCAAGACUGCUUGCAAGCCUGAUUUUCAAUUCCAUUACAGAUGCAAGGAGCUUAAUUUAAAUCACCUCUAUUUUGCGGAUGAUGUUAUUUUGUUUUGUAGAGGUGAUUAUAAGUCUAUUGUGCUUCUCUUGCAAGGUUUUAAAAGGUUUUCUGUCACGUCUGGAUUACAAGCUAAUGUGAAUAAAUCAGCGAUUUAUUGCCAUGGUAUGAAAGAUGAUGAAGUGAGGCGUAUCCUCUUGGUUUCAGGUUUUAUUAAAAGCCAGCUGCCUUUUCGCUAUCUUGGUGUGUUGAUUUGCCCGAAAAGAAUUGGUUCAGAUGAGUGUUCUGUUUUGGUUGACAGGAUGGUUCAUAGAAUUCGGAUUUGGAGCACGAGACACUUAUCUUUUGCUGGAAGGCUUACUCUUAUUAAUGUUGUUUUAGUAGCCAUCCACCUGUACUGGGCACAGAUUAUGAUUCUUCCUAAGGCUGUUCUGGACAGAAUAAAUGACAUUUGUAGAAAUUUCCUCUGGCAUGGCUCCGCUGAUUUUAGUGGCCCUGGUUUAGUCUCUUGGACUAAUAUUUGUAAAAGUAAGACUGAGGGAGGUUUGGGGUUAAGGAACAUUGUUUAUUGGAAUUAUGCAGCUAUUGGAAAACAUGUGUGGCAUAUUUCAAUGAAUAAGGAGAAUCUUUGGGUGAAAUGGGUGCAUUCGGUUUAUAUUCAAAAUCAAGAUUGGUGGGAGUAUACUGCUCCCAUAGAUUGCAGCUGGUAUUGGCGUCAGAUAGUGAAGAUUAAAGAGAAAAUCAAAGGCGUCAUUAACAGGCUAAAGUUUGAGAAUAACUAUUAUUCCAUAGCUGACAUAUAUAAAGCUCUUGUGGACAAUUCUCAUUCCAGAUUUGCUUAUAAUGACCUUUGGAACAGAUUAAGUGUUCCUAAGCAUAGAAUUUUCAUCUGGUUGUAUUUACUCAGGAGAUUGAAGACCAAGGAUCGUUUGAGGGAGCAUGGAAUGAACAUUGAUCCUUGCUGUAGCAUCUGUGGAGUUAAGGUGGAAACUCAUAAUCAUCUUUUCUUUGGCUGUUUUUUCAGUGACCGUUGUGUUCAAAUUUUGUUGGGUUGGUUGGAAAUCAGGACCAGAUUCUGUACAGUUGAAGGUAUAUUCAAAUGGAUAAAAAGAUGUAAACUCAGUCGGUUCAAGAAAUUUGUGUAUUGGUCUAUUCUGUCUAGUCUCAUCUACCAUAUUUGGAGAGUUCGUAAUAUCGCAGUUUGGGAAGACAUUGUUUGGUCUGUCCAUUUUAUGAUAAAAAAGAUUAAGUGGUCUGUCUAUAAUAGAAUUCUCUAUACAGUUCCUAUAGGAGUGAAUGGAAAAGAGUGGGUCUGGUUUCAUAAGGUUUUUGACUGUAUCUAG